CCUGAAAAUGCACUGCAGGGACUGUGCCCUGGUGACCAGCUCAGGGCAUCUUCUGCGCAGUCGACAAGGCCCCCAGAUUGACCAGACAGAGUGUGUCAUCCGCAUGAAUGAUGCCCCCACACGCGGCUACGGGCGGGACGUGGGCAACCGCACCAGCUUGAGGGUCAUCGCGCAUUCCAGCAUCCAGAGGAUCCUCCGCAACCGCCACGACCUGCUCAACGUGAGCCAGGGCACCGUGUUCAUCUUCUGGGGCCCCAGCAGCUACAUGCGGCGGGAUGGCAAGGGUCGGGUCUACAACAACCUGCAGCUGCUGAGCCAGGUGCUGCCUCGGCUGAAGGCCUUCAUGAUCACGCGCCACAAGAUGCUGCAGUUUGAUGAACUCUUCAAGCAGGAGACUGGCAAAGACAGGAAGAUCUCCAACACUUGGCUCAGCACUGGCUGGUUCACAAUGACGAUUGCACUGGAGCUCUGUGACAGGAUCAAUGUUUAUGGCAUGGUACCCCCAGACUUCUGCAGGGAUCCCAAUCACCCUUCAGUACCUUAUCAUUAUUAUGAACCUUUUGGGCCUGAUGAAUGCACAAUGUACCUCUCCCACGAGCGAGGACGCAAAGGCAGUCAUCACCGCUUUAUCACAGAGAAACGAGUCUUUAAGAACUGGGCACGGACAUUCAAUAUUCACUUUUUUCAACCAGACUGGAAACCAGAAUCAGUUGCUAUAAAUCAUCCUGAAAAUAAACCUGUGUUCUGAGGAGUGAGACUAUAAUCCCAAGUACCUACUAUGUCAGACCCUGGGGCGCUGAACUUCCUGAGCCACCAGACAGGAAAGAGGAACAGAAAACAGCUUCACUCCUCAAGAGGUACCAUGGACAGAUGCCUACCAGGCAUGCUAGGAAGCAGUGCAGUUGGUUUGUAAGAAAAAAUUCCAGAAUAAAUACAUCCUAAUGAGUGUUGUCCCUUUCAAAGGUGUUACCUUAGGAGCUGAACACUCAUUUCAGAGAUGCUUCCAUGGCCAAAAACAUUCUGGAUCUCUUUAAGCAUUGCCUUCAAAAUGUAAACAUGAGCAACUCAACAGUAUUAGUUGCUUUCCUUUAUAGAAAUACCAUGUCAAAGACAUUUUUCUAUCAAGUUGUAUCCUAACCUGAUCUAUAACCUUUGUCCUCUGUUAGACUCUAUGUGUGAUUUGUAAAAAAGCAGCGUGAAAGUAUAGACAUGAUUUCUGAAGAGCACAUCUCCACUGACUUUCAUAAAGCAAAUGUCCAAUAUUUAUUUAUUGAAAGUUUUUUAGUGUACUCUAGGCCAGUAUUUUUAUAGAUUAUGAUUAUGUGGUAAUUUGUCCUUCCUAACUCUUUAAUCCUGAAUGAUGGGUGAAAAAGGCCCAGACUAGGGUUAAUGCGUUACUCUAUGUUCACAGUGCUCAUUGUUGGCAUGCAAUUGGUAUUAGACUUGGAAAUGUUGUGUUGCAUUUUUUGAACCUGUAGGCUUCAGGAAAAUGGCUUUUUCUCAGCAGGAAUAGCUAUGACAUUUUCCAAUGUGUAGAAAUGCUCCAAAGGGACAAAAUUGAGAACCAAAAACUGUGUUAUUAAAACAAAAAAUGCUA